CUCCACACAUAGUUAACGCCGUACCGACAAGUUGAUGUAAAACAACCAGGACAAAACCGCUGAUAAUUCGUAAGUAAUUCGGAGGUGAGCUUUUCGAGCAUCGAACGUAUACUGUCACGCCCUAAAACUCCUUCAGUAUGGGCAAGAAAGUGGCUGUGAUCGGUGCUGGAGCAAGUGGCCUUGCUGCCCUCAAGUGCUGCCUGGACGAAGACCUUGAAGCAACCUGCUUUGAGCGCUCAGACAGGGUUGGUGGCCUUUGGGCUUAUCGGGAGGACAGGGACGGCCAGGGUUGCGUCUUCAAAUCCACCAUCAUCAACACCAGCAAAGAGAUGAUGUGUUACAGUGAUUAUCCAAUACCUAAGGACUAUCCUAACUUCAUGCACAACAUCUACAUCGAGAAGUACUUUAGAAGCUAUGUUGAGCACUUUGGCUUAAAGGACCACAUCAAGUUUCACACCGAAGUUGAAAACGUGACCCCAGCGGUUGAUUAUGAUUCAACUGGGAGGUGGAAGAUCACCCACAAGAAGCGAGACGGCGGAGAACGUGUGGUGGAGCAUUUUGAUGCUGUCAUGGUCUGCAUCGGUCACCACACCACACCCAGUGUUCCAAUGUUCCCAGGCCUGGAGGAGUUCCAAGGUGAUGUAGUCCACACCCAUGACUACAAGACGCCUUUUCAUCUGGUUGACAAACAAGUUGUUGUCAUUGGUCUUGGUAACUCUGGAGGUGAUGCAGCUGUUGAAUUGGGUCGCAUUGCGUCAAAGGUUUUCUUGAGUACAAGGAGUGGUGCAUGGGUUUUCAACCGAUUGGCAGAUUAUGGCUACCCUGUUGACAUCAUGAUAACAAGGCGAGUUAUCAUGAGUUUUCCUGCAAACUUUCAAAACUUCAUGGCUCAGAAGAAGCUUCAGUCUAAAUUUGAUCAUGCCAGGUAUGGCCUACAGCCUGCAUACGGUCCAAUAAAUGCUCAUCCGUUUGUCAAUGAUGAUCUACCAAAUCGAAUCCUAAGUGGCGCUGUAGUCUUAAAGCCCAAUAUCUCCCGUUUCACCAAGACAGGAGUAGAAUUUGAAGAUGGGAGCGUCGAAGACAAUAUUGACUGCGUCAUAAUGGCGACAGGCUACACAUUCAGUUUCCCGUUUAUCGACUGCCCAUCCUUGAAGGUGGAGAAGAAUGAAGUGAACUUGUACAACUUUGUCUUCCCUCCGGACUUAAAACACCCGACUAUUUGCGUGAUUGGUUGCAUACAGCCAUGGGGCGCCAUCCAUCCAUUAUCAGAGCUGCAGAGUCGAUGGGCAACUCGUGUCUUCAAAGGCCUCGCUCAUCUUCCAAGCAAGCCUGAGAUGGAAGCAUCUAUCCAGCAGAGAAAAGAUGAAAUGAGUGAACGCUACAAGAAAUCACAGCGCCACACCAUUCAAGUGGACUGGAUCGAGUACAUGGAUACUCUAGCAUCCGAGUUUGGUGCCAGACCCAAUUUACUCAAGCUGUUCUUUACGGAUCCAAUGCUUGCUCUUCGUUGUUUCUUUGGACCUUGCCUUCCUUAUCAGUACCGUCUUAUGGGUCCGGGAAAGUGGAAUGGUGCCAAGGAAGCCAUACAGACAGUGUAUGAGAGAAUUCAUGCACCGUUACAGACACGCACCUGCAACCUAGCUGAGCAGAAGUCUGGAUUGGUGGGCAAACUGCUGCGUCUCAGUCUGCUUGUUCUGAUUCUUUGUAUCUUUGUUGCCAAGCUUCUGUAAAAAUCAUCAUAUCAGAUCAUUGCUGAGACAAUACAAAGAAUCGCUUUCAAACUAAUGCUGUAUGUCUACAAGGCUAUCAACAACCUUGCCCCUAGUUAUCUUUCUGCCAUGACUCAACUCCAGAACACUGGUUCCACUGAACACAGACCAAGACUGCGCUCCUCCACUGAUCGGACCCGGCUUAAUGUCCAAAGAUCGUACAAGAAAGCUGGUGACAUGACUUGUACAUCUACCGCGGCUCGUCUUUGGAAUGAACUUCCGAUCAGUCUUCGUGAAGCACCGUCUUUGUCUGUGUUCAAGCGGCAAUUGAAAACUCAUUUGUUUCCGUGAUUCACUGUUCCUAGAACUUCCUCAUCGUAUGGCGAUCGUGCCU